GCAGCAACAGCUUCCUGGGACUGUAUAAAAGCCCUCAGUCACCAUUCCGGGAGCACGGACGAAGCUCAACCUCUCAGGUGUAUCUGUCCAAUAGCAAUCAUGAAAGCUGUAGCUCUGAUCCUUGCUCUGGCAGUCAUCACUGGCUGCAAUGCCCGUGCUGUGCGCCAGGCUGAUGCCACCCCAAAACCCUGGGAGGAAACUGUUGAGCGUUUCUGGCAGUAUGUUUCUGAGCUGAAUACCAAAGCUGAUGGAAUGGUGCAGAACCUUAAGGCCUCUCAGCUCAGCAGGGAGCUAGAUACUCUGAUUGCUGACACCAUGGCAGAGCUGUCUACCUACAGAGAUAACAUCCAGACCCAGCUGACUCCCUACACCUCUGCUGAUCAGCUGACUCAGGACCUGCAGCUUCUGGUUAACAAACUGCAGAAGGACAUGGUGGAUGCCAAGGAGCGCAGCACUGAGUACCUGGGUGAGCUCAAGACCAUGAUGGAGCAGAACACUGACGAUGUCCGCAACCGCAUCAACACCUACACCAACAAGCUGAGGAAGCGCCUGAACAAGGACACUGAGGAGAUCCGCAACACCGUUACCACCUACAUGACUGAGCUCCAGUCCCGCACCUCCCAGAACGUGGACACUGUGAGGGAGCAGGUUGAGCCCUACGUCCAGCAGGCUGCCGACACUGCCACCAAGAAGCUGAGUGACAUCACUUCCAUUCUGGAGACCCAGGCUGAGGGCCUCAAGACCCAGCUGGAGUCCACCGCCCAGGAACUGCGCACCUCCUUGGAGGGCAAGAUCGACGAGCUGACCGAAAUCUUUUCCCCCUACGCCACCCAGAUCCGUGAACAGUUUGAGAGCGUCAUCGACAAGGUCAAGGAGACAGCCACUUCCUAAAGAAAGACUCUAAGGGUUUUUUUUAAGGGUUGUAGAUGGUUGGUGAUAGUAGGAGAAAUGUGUGAACCACUGAUUUCUUUAUACCCUGGAAAGGGGGGAGUUGAGAGUUACUGCUGAUAUCUUCAUUUUGGGUGCUCUAGUGUUCAGGGUAAGGGGAUGGAAGAGAGGUAGGAGGGAGGGUGAGGUGCGUCAGCAGAUACACAUCUGUUUGGGAUCUCUGCAUAGUCACCCUCUCUUCUUUUCUUACUGACUCCCUUUCUCACUGAACACAAGCAUCACAGUUAAUAACAGCCUUUAAUACACAAACAGGAGACAUUUUUUGUACUAUGCUUUGCUUUUCUACUUUAACUGUUCUAGCUUUCUACCCCCACCAAAUUUUGUACUGCGUUUCCUACAUUUUGUUUGGUUGUAAAUAAUAACUGCUGAGUUUGAGCCUCAUAGGCAGGGAUUCCAGCCCGUAUCAUCCCUAAACAAACCAAACACAAGUGUCUUUUCAUUUCAAUAAAUGCACUGAAUUGUAAUGAUCAGAAGAUUGGGGGCCACAUGUGUCUUCUAGUUUUUCUAGAGCUGAUACUGAACCACUGAAGUGCCCCCCCUGUAUCUCCAUUUCGUCUUGUUGUGCUUCACAGAGAAGUGGAAUGUAAAAUGACUUGAUGCAAAUAUGACAAUCAGUGAGUAAAGUGUAACGCUGCCUGUCUGUUCUUCAGUCUUGAGUAUAGAGUGUCCCUUGUGUUUCACAUGUCAUAUGCCCACCAUGCUGCUCGCUAAAAGUGCACUGCCUGUGGCCACAGUGCGCUGAACAGUGCUGAGUGAAUAAAGAACCUAGAAAAUA